AAUACAUUCGCAUCGAUUACACGGAAGCUAAAAACCAGAUUUGUUUUGGAUAUUUAACGCUUUAUUUUGUGUGUUAAUAUUUAUUGUUUGUGUUUGGGUUGGAUUAAAAUACAUAGCCAUGGAACUUAAGUGUAUGUAGGACCCGUUUUCAGUGAUCUGGGGUUUGUUUAGACCCCAUAAAAAGGGAUUUAUUUCCAUCGGGGAGUUCAAGAGAAAUACGUCAAAAUGGCGGAUCUUGAAGCUGUUCUUGCGGAUGUCAGCUAUUUAAUGGCGAUGGAGAAGAGUAAAUCGACUCCUGCAGCCAGAGCUAGCAAGAAAAUUGUGCUUCCAGAUCCUAGCGUAAGGAGUGUUAUGCACAAACACUUGAUGAAGAUGGGAGAAGUGACGUUCGACAAAAUAUUUAACCAAAAAUUAGGAUAUUUACUAUUCAAGCAGUUUUGUGACGAACAAUGUGAUGAACCAGUGCCACAGCUGAAAUUUUAUGAUGAGAUUAAAAAGUUUGAAAAGUUGGAGACAGAUGAAGAACGAAUAAUAAAAGGGAAGGAAAUCUACGACCAAUACAUCAUGAAGGAACUCCUAUCACAAGCUCAUACAUAUUCCAAGGAGGCGGUAGAACACGUACAGGAAGCACUAACAAUGGCGCAGCGAUCUAAAGCUCUUGAUAAAGAUAUCUUCGAGAAUUACUCUAAAGAAGCGUUAAAAAGCGUGCAGGAACAAUUAACAAUAGCUCAAAAGUCACACGUGUUAAACUCACAUUUAUUCGAGCCAUAUUUAGAAGAGAUCCGGAAUUCCUUGCGUGGGCGACUAUUUGAAAAGAGUUUGCAAAGUGACAAAUAUACCAGAUUUUGCCAAUGGAAAAACUUGGAAUUAAAUAUACAGUUAACCAUGAACGACUUCAGUGUACACAGAAUUAUCGGGCGAGGCGGGUUCGGAGAGGUGUAUGGGUGUCGGAAAGCAGACACAGGAAAAAUGUACGCAAUGAAGUGCUUAGACAAAAAGCGUAUAAAAAUGAAGGGUGGCGAGACACUAGCAUUAAAUGAAAGAAUCAUGUUAUCUCUAGUCAGCACAGGGGAGGGAAGUCCGUUCAUUGUGUGUAUGACGUAUGCGUUCCAAACCCCCGAGAAACUGUGUUUCAUCCUCGACCUGAUGAACGGCGGUGACCUACACUACCAUCUCUCACAACAUGGUGUCUUUCUAGAGAAGGAAGUCCGCUUCUACGCGGCUGAGGUUAUCCUCGGGCUCGAACAUAUGCACAGCAGAUUUGUCGUUUAUAGGGAUUUAAAACCUGCUAAUAUAUUAUUAGAUGAAAACGGCCAUGUACGAAUAUCUGAUUUAGGACUUGCCUGUGAUUUCUCGAGGAAAAAGCCACAUGCCAGUGUAGGAACACACGGCUACAUGGCUCCUGAAGUAUUACAGAAGGGCACGGCGUACGAUUCAAGCGCAGAUUGGUUCUCGUUUGGGUGUAUGCUGUAUAAAUUGUUAAAAGGACAUAGCCCGUUUCGACAGCAUAAAACCAAAGACAAGCACGAGAUCGAUAGAAUGACAAUGACAAUGGUAAUUAAGAAUGUUGACCUGCCAGAGUCAAUGUCGCAGGAGAUGAAGUCACUGUUGGAAGGCCUACUGAAACGAGAUGUUGAGGAAAGACUUGGCUGCCUGGGACGAGGGGCCCAGGAAGUGAAGGAGCACCCGUUCUUCAAAACAAUUGAUUGGAACCAGGUUUACCUGCAGAAAUACCCGCCACCCCUCAUACCUCCGCGAGGUGAGGUCAAUGCCGCUGACGCUUUCGAUAUCGGCUCGUUCGACGAAGAAGACACGAAGGGCAUUAAGAUGUCGGAGACUGACCAAGAACUGUACAAGAAUUUCCCGAUGGUCGUGUCAGAACGCUGGCAACAAGAGGUGGCAGAAACUGUGUUUGACGCCAUCAAUGCUGAGACAGACAAGAUUGAGCAGAAGAAGAAACAGAAGCCGCGCAUUGAUGAACUGGAAGAUGGGCCUACUGACUGUAUAGUGGAAGGUGAGGUGUUGAAACUUGGUGGACCGUUUCUUCAGACCUGGCAAAAGAAGCACCUCAAACUCUACCCAAACAGACUGGAGUUUUACCACAAAAACCGCGAUGGGCAGGUCGUCAGAGGAAAAGGCGUGGAGCUGGUAUCCAUGCUUGAUAUCAAGGAGAUUUACCCAGAAUUCCAGAAGAUCAACAAAACGGACAACUGUAUAGUUCUCGUCCUGAAAAACGAAACGAAACUUGCCAUUACCUCACCCGACAAAGUUUUAAUCAACCAAUGGAAAGAUGAAAUCAUAAACGGAUACAAACUGUCGACUCAAAUUAUGGCAAAUAUGAACAAAAAAGCUAGCAAAAUGUAUGGCGCUGAGAUAAACAAUACAAACUUCGAGUUUAGACCGCCAUUAGAGCAUCGAAACAGCAACGGCAGUUAGAAAAUGGUGGAAAUCGUGAUCUUAUUGAAGGAAAGGAUUAUGUGCAAUUUUUUGUUCUUUUUAAUAAGAAUAAUGAGUAUCAUUAUUGUCAUGUUUGUCAAAUUGAUUUAAAGCACACAGAAUUCUGGAAUAUUGGAAUAUUAUAUAUAUACAUAUAUACAAGGGGGAGAUGGGAAGGUGUUAAUAAAGUUAACGCAUCUUUUGCAUCCUUGUUUAUAUUGUUUGGAUAUGAAAUCAAGAGAUGUUGAGGAUUGAGGUUUAUCCAAAAGAAGACGUGAUCUGUUUGUGAUUUCUGCACCCUAGAUUAGACAAUAUAUUGCGAUAAUGUGUUGUAUUCAAAUACCACGAGAAACCUGUGGAUGUGAAAUUUGGAUGAUACAGUCAUGUUUUAGUACAGCAAUUCUAGAAAAAGUGCACUGAUGUAAGAAGUUUAAUAUCUUGACACUUGUAAUUAUAAAUAGAAAAGUUUUGUGUUAUUUAGUAAACAAUGUUUUAUUUUUAACCUACUGUUAAAUGUUGUCUUUUUAGGAUUUCAUACUUUUAAAAAAUGAUAAUUUUAGGCUUCUUAUAAAGUUAUUGUUGGGUGAUUGUUAUAUGAACGGUUGAUUCAAAAUAUUUGCCUAUCAGAUUUAGACAAGGUAGUCUAUAUAUAUAUAAAAGGAUGUAAUGUAUGUAAUUUUGCAUUUCUGUCAUUCCAGAUGAAUCAUUUUAAUGUGGGGUGCUGAUUGUUAAACUCAUCUUAUACUUACAGAUGUUUAGAAGUGAAACUGUUAUGGAGCUAUAAAGCUGUGUUUCUUGUCAAUUAUAAAGUUUUGUACUUUUUACGUGGUAUUCCCUUCUGAUAUAUAGCUACUUUUUUGUAUUUUUAUUUUAGGGUUUUUGUUUAGGUUAUAAACACACAUUCAGAAUAUGUAAGACUAUCUUGUCAUUAAGAAAGUGGAUGGUUUUUAUUUGGAUCAUAGAAGAACAUGUAUAUAUUGUGGUGGAAAUGCUGUGAUUUAAAUGGAACUGAACACAUAUACACUUACGUCUUUAGUCUGAGUUGGAGACUUAAUAAGAAAAAAGAUGGCAAACCUUGUUCUAUUGUAAAAUUGCUAUUCAAUGAAAUCUGUUGAUGAUGAAAUUUGCUGUAGAAGUAACUGAUAGCUAAUAUAUGUUAAAUACUAUGACUAACAAUAUAGAAUUUGUCAUAGUAAUGUAUAUAAAGCUGCCUUGUUUAAUACAGUGGUGAUAAAAAUCAUGGUUAAUAAGAAGUACUAUAUUUUACAUUUUACUGAACCCGAGUCUAGUGAACAUGGGCCCCAGUUCUCACUUAACUUACCAUCGUAAUAAAAAACAACAACUCAGUUCUCACUUCACUUUCAGUCAUAAUAAAACGUAGCUCACAAAACAGAUACAGUAACAGCAGUUAUGUGGAUAUUGGAUGAGAAUUUACCUUCAUUUGUCUUUGCUGUCAAUGAUUAAUUUCGCAACGGCUCUUUUUAUUCUCCUGCAAUUACAUUUUCUAAUAACUAUAGGGACAUUGCAAAGUUGAAUUUUAAUUGGAUAAGAAAUAAGAACAAAAUAGAGUUUAUAAAACAGAGAUGAUUUGGGUGUGUUUUUUCCCUGGCAAAUAGUAUUUAAGCCUACCCUCAGGGUGUUCAUAUGAUGUGGACAUAUCUAAUAUUUAUCUUUUAACAAGAAUUUUUUGCUCCGACUGAAAACAAUCAAAUUAGCAUUUUUUGUGUGACCAUGUUCGUGUAUUGUUUUAUUUAUGAUAAUUUUACAUGUAUCACUUCUCCCGUACAUAUGCUUAUCAGCUCAGAUUGAUCGAACAGAAUCCCUGUUUCAAAGAAGAUGUUUAGAAUUUGGAUAGUUUGAGAAAUUAAAGUAUUCUUAAAACGCUAAUAAAAAGAAUUGAUAUUUAAUUUAUUUGAUAUUUAAUCAAUUUGAUAUUUGUGUGUUGUCAUUAGCAGGUAUAUACAUAAUAUAAGGUGAAUAAACUACAGUGUUUACCGAUGCAUUAAAAAGAGACGUUGGGUUAUCGUGUCAAACAAUGAGCAGGAGGUCGGGGAGGGACUGCUAUGGGAAAUCAAAAUACCCAGGGGAGAAAGUCUUACAUUUGAAUGAAGUGAUCACAUCUUAGCACUUUUGUAUAUAUUUUUCCCAAUUAUUAUUAAAACUUCCUUGUAAAAAACUGUGCAACCAACCUCUUCGAUUUACAUCCAUGACGAACACUGCUACAACCUCACUUAUUGUUAUGAUAUUAAGUAUUAAAUAUUUAUGUUGUAUUUGCCAGCGAAAGACACUUUUGGUUUUAUCAGGAGAUGAAUGCCUGUCUUUGCUUAAUUUCUGAGAUCGGCUUAUUUUGCUAGUCAGGGCAAGCUAAAAAUUGAUGGUUUGUCUAUCCCAUAAUAAUGUUUAGGAUCAAGAGCCUUUUUUCCUAAAUUGUUUUUUCAUUUUGAAAAAAAAUGUCUUAAUGCAUUUAGUUACUAAAAUUGUGUAUGCAUGAAACUAACUUUUAAAUUUAGUAUUAAUAAUACUAACUAGGCGGGUAAAAACAUUAUUUAGUAUUUUAUUGAAAAUCUGCACAAGGUACAAAAAUAUAUCAUUAUAAUAGGACGCUUGCUGAGACUUGUAUGUAUUUUGUAUUGCUUAUUAAAGCUGCACUCUCACAGAUUGAACGUUUUGACAACCUUUUUAUAUUUUUCUUGGAAUGAGCAAAUUUAUGCGAAAAUGCAUGGAAACUAGACCGCCGCCAAAAAAUAAGAUCACAGAUUUUCUUAUUUAAGGUCAAACAUUAAUGUUUUUAUGCAUUUUUCUUAAACCGUUACUAGCGCUUUUAGGUAUAACACAUUUUAGGUAUAACACAUUAAUUUUGGACGGAAAAAUGGAAAUCUGGUCUUUUGUCAGCAGUCUUUCAUCACUGGUUUGCAGAUAUUAACGCAAAAAUUGGCUCAUUGCAAGAUAAGAAAUAGUUGUGGAAAUGGCAUCUCUGUGAGAGUGCAGCUUUUCAAGCAAAUCAUGUGCGUUCACAUUUAUGUUAGCCAGUUGAAGUCAUUGUUGUUUGCAAGACCUUUUUUUAACCAAGGCCAUAUUUCUAUAAUAUAUUUAUUAUAUAUGAAAAAAAAAACGUAAUGAUUAAAAAGGAUAACUGGUUUGAAGAAACUCUAGUUUGCUUAGAAAUUAGUCAGGAUAAGCCUGAAAAGCCAGUUUUGCUUUUUCGGCAGGGUACUUCCAGUGGUCGAAAUUAGCACAAGCCCGCAAGCCCUGCACUAGUAAAUUGUCGUCCGGGCUUGCUCAAAUUCUGAAUUUUAUAUAGCAGGGCUUGUUCAAAAAUAAGAUGCCAAGCAAUAGAAUAAGAAUUCGGGCUUGUUCAUCCAAAAGUCUAAUUUCAAUGACUGUACUUCACUCAGCCUUUGAGCCCUAUUUGGGUUUAAAGCUACCUUGAAAGCAAUUGCCGAAAUGGUUGCAACCCCUAAGCUGCAAGAUCAUUCACAUCCCUACUUAGGUAAAAGGGCAAUAUACCGGAUAACUGUUGGGAAGGAAUACCAUUAGUGUUGGACUAAAUUGUAUCAAUUGAAACAUACCACUAUGUGUUGACUAUUUUAUCUGAAGCUGUUAUCUCUGAUAAUUUUUAUUUUUUACUAUCUUUGUGGCCAUUGAAAUAUUGAAUUCAUAAUUAUUCCGGUGUGGCUAAAUUUUCAGCUAGAUUUUGUUAGGACCAAAAUAAUUCACUACUAUUUAUCAUUUGUACCAAAACAUGUUGCUUUAUUUGUACAUUCAGUUCUUUUACGUGUUUGUCCAAUGUAAUGUGCAAUAUAUUUUUCUUUUUAUUGCAUGGAUUGUUAAAGUGUUAUAGUAUUUGAAUUGAGUUUACCACGAACUUGUUUAUAGCAGGUUUAUUAGGUUAUUAAGCAUGCGCCAUGCCAUACAAACAAUGAAAAAUACUAUAUGUUGAUUUUCAGUUUAACUUGCCAGAAUACAUGGAAAUAUAUAAUAUCAAUAUUUCUUUCAAAAUAUUACUCUUAAAUUUCAAUUGCAUUCUAUUUUAUAAAAUAUGUACAAAGGUAUACAUCAGCAUUUAUGAAAAACUAUUAUAACAAUAAAAUCUAUUUAUAGACUUGUUUGUUCACACCAGCCACAAGCUACAAGAAUCUUUUUUCAAAGUCGGGUAUAUAAAAGAUAAAACCUCUUGGGCUCAAUGCGCUAUUUUCCUACAUGAAUAUCAAACAUUCAAAACAUAACAAUUCAUAACCAUGUAUGAAAGUAUCCUAGAGGACCUUUUGAACAAUGAAAAUUGUCAGAAUAACUAUUGCCACAAGAACAUGUAUGUUUGAAACGAAAUCGACAUGGUUGCCAUGGAGAUUGUAGCUCUUUAGCUCAUACGAAGGCUUGGGGGCUGUUUUCAUUAUCCAAGUAAGAUCUAGUGUUUUGAUUGUUGGACUGUAACAAUAACUGGCCACAUGACCGAAUGGAAUCAGUGAAGCAUAUCUCUGAAUAAGGAUAAGACCUAAAUUGAAUACUGCCUCUUGGCUGGUAUUCAAUACUGGUCUUAAUUGGAUCUAAGAACGAUGUAGCUAAUCCGAUUACUGGUUAUUAAUAACUGACCAAUAGAGUGAAUGAAGUCAAUGAUGUAUGACCAUAUGAUUAACUUAAGUUAAAUAUUGAAUACCAUCCCUGGGAUGGUAUUCAUUACAUAAUUCUUAUCCUUAUCCUUAGACACGCCUCAGUGAUCCUGUUCAGCUGAUUGGUCAAUGAAUUUUACUGUCCAAUCAAAACACUCAGAUUCUACUCUUAAAUUUAAAAUUGAUCUGAGCUGCAUGUUUAUUGAAUUAGGCCCCAGGCCAAAGUUUUAAUCUUUUGCCUGAACUCUGCAUUAUCUGGAUUAGAUGAGGUUUCUCUUUUUCUUUUACCCGUCCACAACAGCAUUUUCUGUUAUUUUUGAAUUCUUUAUUCUGUCAUAAUCGCUAUGUUGAAUUUCUCAUGAUAUCUAUUCAGUAUGGUUCUAUUAUAUAAAUCUAUGAAUUCAUUGUUUUCUAUUUAAGUUUAUGAAGUAGUUUUUGUUUUGGAAAAGCAUAUUAUACAGAUUGUUUGGUUUUGAAUGCUCUAUAAAUGCAUGACUAAACUCACUAAAUUUAAAUUCUUGAUAUUAUGAUUUAUUGAUGUACGUUCCAUGAUGAGAUGUAUACAGCAUGCGCAUACAGUAUGCUUCGUUACAUGGCUACAUGCUACCUGGUAGCUUACGCCAGUAACAACUAACUACCAUUUUCCUAUGACUUUUAAAUCAAUUGUGCAUUUAGCUCUGUGAAAAUGCUAUAUUACAUGACCAUUUGUUAAUAGCAAACAUUAGGUUUAACUAAAAGGGCAAAUGGAUUGGUUUGUGAUAUAAUUUGUGUGCAGGUGACCUGGCAAUGGAAUAAAGAUAAUUUCUAAACAAUAGGCACAGGUGAGACUUGAGAAUUUGUCUGAACAACUGGAACUGAGCAUAUGGAAGGAUGGUGACUGCGUAGUUCUACUGGUAUACCUUAGAGGUCCUUGGGCUCAGUCUUGAGUGCCCCCCCCCCCCCCCCCAGUGGUACAUGUACUUCUUCAUGUCCUCCUAUAAUGGACUCUAGCGGAGUUUUCUACUGUGAAAACUGACUCCAGACUUAUUAAAAUAAUCAGCUUAAACUGUCAUUACAGUUAAGCUUACAUAAAAUGAGAUGUAACCUUAAGCUGAAAAGCGCAUUACGAAUCUUACCAAGCCAUUUUUGAGCGUGUAAUAUGUAUGUGUUGAAAUUAAUGUUGGGUUGAUCGUAACUUUUGUGUAUAUUUGCGCUAUAAAUAUUACAUUUGUCUGAUAAUGCUAUUUAUUGUUAUUGAUAAUUGAUAUGCAUUUAUUUGUUUCUGGAUUAAUUUGUCUUUUCAUACUUAUUUAUAUCUUUGUACAUUAUUUCAUAACAUUUUUUUUCUGAAAUUGUUAUUGUUUAUAAUUGAUAGAUUCUAUGAACUGUACAAUUUAGGUAGCAAUACAUCAAUAUUUAACCCAUUUUUUCAUGAAGUCAUUGUAAAGGACAUCAAACCAGGAAAACAACAUCCAUUCAGACUGAAUCCUUCAGAAGCGCAAUACCUUAGAGACAAAGUAAGAUAUUUGGUUGAUAAUUACUUAAUUGAACCAUUCAAGAGCAAUUACAGUUCUCCAUUAUUCUUGUGUCAAAGCCAUAGUGACAUACCGAUAAUGCACUGAUUACCAUACGUGGAUUUUGUGACCAAACAGACUUAUUUCCCAUUACGAGAAUUGAUUAUUGUGUAGACAAAGAGGUCAAAGCAAAAUAUGUGACCACAUUUGUUUUUUCUCAAAAGAUUGUGGCAAGUUCCUCUCAGAGAAUGAGCAGCCAAGUUGUCAGCCUUUGUAUCACCAAAUGGCUUUUACCAGAUAUUUUUAUGUGACUUUUUUUCAUUUUUUUCAAAGGCAUUAAAUUAGUCACUCAAAGCCAUAAAUCAAAGGUAGCGAUAGAUUGUUCAACAAUUCUUCUCUGAAAUGGAUAAACAAUGCUAUCAUGCAUAUAUAAACUGUUCGGGUUUAAUCAGGAAGUUAAUGGACUCUUGAGAGUAGCUUUUGUUUUGAUUUUCCAUACAUUAAGUUCAAUGAGAAACUUAAACCUUUGUACAAAUUGAACAUUGUUACCGAUUGUAACUGGAAUCGUCUUUGUUGUGUACAAAUCAAGUUUAAAUGUCAAAAAGUGAUAUGUUAUGUCUAUAUUGCUACUUCAAUUUUGCAGUUUAUCAAUGUUAUUUUUGUGUUGUUCAGUAUGUUUAAUACCAUUGAAGUUACAUGACAAAGGGACUGAUGAAAACUAAUAUGACUUUAUGAGUGAGUCAGUCACAUGACUUGUUUUUGCAUGAUGAUGAUGUCAUCAAUGACGUCAUAUUACCGUACCAUGUCAUUUGUCAGUCGAUUGUCAUUUUCUUUGCUCUCAGAUCAUUAAAACAAGAAAUAAAAUUGUUUUAUAAAAUUA